UCACCUUCUGUGCUGAGUAUCUGUGUUUCAAUGCAGCCUCAAUAACAUCUACCAUUCCGACAACUAUUCCUGUUUCAACAUUUACAACAGGUCCAUCAUCAACCUCAACAUCACUCACUUCAGGGACAUCGAGCACAGACGUAUCUACAACCACCGAGAGCUCCACUCCAACACAAACAAGUGAAACAACUACUGAUAUCAGUUCCACAACUUCUGGAAUUACCUCAACAACAUCUACCACUCCGACAACUAUUCCUGUUUCAACAUUUACAACAUUUCCAUCAUCAACCUCAACAUCACUCACUACAGGGACAUCGAGCACAGAAGUAUCUACAACCACUGAGAGCUCCACUCCAACACAAACAAGUGAAACGACUCCUGAUAUCAGUUCCACAACUUCAGAAAUUACUAUAUCAACUACUACUGCAACUACGUCUCCUGGGACAAAUGUAAGAUUUGUUCGGUCAUCACCAUCAACAAAUGAAUCGACCACUGAUGUCAGUACCACAACAGAAAUUAAUAUCGAUGAAUGUGCAACCAACAUCUCAAACUGUCAACAAAUCUGCUCCCUCACAAAUGAUAACUUAGCAUGCAGUUGCAAUUCAGGAUUUAGCCUUGAUAUGAUCAUUCCUUCAUUUUGUGAUGUGAUCUGCUUGAACACAACCAAAGAUUUCAUGUGCAGUUGCGACCCAGGCUUCAGCAUCAACUUUUUCAUACCUUCACCUUGUACAGCUUAUCCACCAAACUUCGAGGUAUGUGCAACCAACACCUCAAACUGUCAACAAAUCUGUUCCAACACAAUUGGAAGCUUCGCAUGCAGUUGUGACCCAGGCUUCAACAUCAACGUGACCAACACCUUUUUUUGUAAUGGCACCAAUGGAUGUGGGCCCAGCACUUCACUCUGUGAACAAUUCUGCUCCAACACACUCGGAAGCUCCGUGUGCAGUUGUAACUCAGGCUUCAGCAUCAAUCUAUCUAACCCUUCGCAUUGUGCUGAAGUUGAUGAAUGUGCAACCAACACUUCAAACUGUCAACAAAUCUGCACCAACACAAUUGGAGGCUUCCUGUGCAGUUGUGACCCAGGCUUCAGCACAAACAUGACCAACUCUUCACUCUGUGAUGACAUUGAUGAAUGUGGAACCAACACAUCAAACUGUCAACAAAUCUGCACCAACACAAUCGGAAGCUUCGUGUGCAGUUGUGACCCAGGCUUCAGUAUCAAUGUGACCAACUCUUCCAUUUGUGAUGACAUUGAUGAAUGUGGAACCAAUACCUCAAACUGUCAACAAAUCUGCACCAACACAGUCGGAAGCUUUGUGUGCAGUUGUGACCCAGGCUUCAGCACCAAUGUGACCAACUCUUCCAUUUGUGAAGACAUUGAUGAAUGUGCAACCAACACCUCAGACUGCCUACAAAUCUGCACCAACACUAUUGGAAGCUUCAUGUGCAGUUGUGAUCCAGGCUUCAGCAUCAACAUGACCAAUUCUUCCCUAUGUGAUGACAUUGAUGAAUGUGGAACCAACACCUCAAACUGUCAACAAAUCUGCAACAACACAAUCGGAAGUUUUGUGUGCAGUUGUGAUCCAGGCUUCAGCACCAAUGUUACCAAUACUUCCCUUUGUGAUGACAUCGAUGAUUGUGCAACAAACACCUCAGACUGUCAACAAAUCUGCAUUAACACUAUUGGAAGCUUUGUGUGCAGUUGUGAUCCAGGCUUCAGUAUCAACAUGACCAAUUCUUCCCUAUGUGAUGAUAUCGAUGAAUGUGUAACCAACAUCUCAAACUGUCAACAAAACUGCACCAACACAAUCGGAAGCUUCCUGUGCAGUUGUUACCCAGGCUUCAGCAUUAUCAUGACCAAUUCUUUGCUUUGUGCUGGCAUUGAUGAUUGUGGAACCAACACCUCGAUCUGUCAACAAAUCUGCAACAACACAAUCGAAAGCUCCGUGUGCAGUUGUGACCCAGCUUUCAGCACCAACGUGACCAACUUUUCCAUUUGUUAUGAUAUCGAUGAAUGUGCAACAAACACCUCAAACUGUCAACAAAUCUGCAUUAACACUAUAGGAAGCUUUGUGUGCAGUUGUGAUCCAGGCUUCAGCAUCAACAUGACUAAUUUUUCCCUAUGUGAUGACAUUGAUGAAUGUGGAACCAACACCUCAAACUGUCAACAUAUCUGCAACAACACAAUCGGAAGUUUUGUGUGCAGUUGUGAUCCAGGCUUCAGCACCAAUGUUACCAAUACUUCCCUUUGUGAUGACAUCGAUGAAUGUGCAACCAACACCUCGAACUGUCAACAAAUCUGCACCAACUCAAUCGGAAACUUUGUGUGUAGUUGUGACCCAGGCUUCAGCAUCAAUAUGACCAACUCUUCGCUUUGUGAUGACAUUGAUGAAUGUGGAACCAACAGCUCGAACUGUCAACAAAUCUGCAACAACACAAUUGGAAGCUUCAUGUGUAGUUGUGACCCAGGCUUCAGCACCAAUGUGAUCAACUCUAACAUUUGUGAUGACAUCAAUGAGUGUGUAACCGGCACCUCAAGCUGUCAACAAAACUGCACCAACACAAUCGGAAGCUUCCUGUGCAGUUGUAGCCCAGGCUUCAGAAUCAAUUUGACCAACCCUUCACUUUGUGAUGAUAUUGAAGAAUGUAAAACCAACACCUCAAACUGUGAACAAGUCUGCAUCAACACAAACGGAAGCUUCAUGUGCAGUUGUGACCCAGGUUUCAGCACCAAUGUGAUCAACUCUUCACUCUGCGAUGAUAUCAAUGAAUGUGGAACCAACAUCUCAUACUGCCAACAAAUCUGCACCAACACAAUCGGAAGCUUUGUGUGCAGUUGUAUUCCGGGUUUCAGCACUAAUUUGACCAACCCUUCGAUUUGUGAUGAUAUCGAUGAAUGUGGAACCAACAUCUCAAACUGUGAACAAGUCUGCACCAAUACAAAUGGAAGCUUUGUGUGCAGUUGUGACCCGGGUUUCAGUACCAAUGUGACAAACUCUUCACACUGUGAUGACAUCAAUGAAUGUGCAACUAACACUUCAAACUGUCAACAAAUCUGCAACAACUCAAUCGGAAGCUUUGUGUGCAGUUGUGAUUCGGGCUUCAGCAGCAAUGCGAUCAAUUCUUCCCUUUGUGAUGAUAUCGAUGAAUGUGCAACCAACACCUCAAAGUGUCAACAAAUCUGCACCAACACAGUCGGAAGCUUCUUGUGCAGUUGCAACACUGGCUUCAAAAGUAACCGAACCAACUCUUCGCUGUGUGAUGACAUCGAUGAAUGUGCAACCAACACCUCGAACUGUCAACAAAUCUGCACCAACACAAUCGGAAACUUUGUGUGUAGUUGUGACCCAGGCUUCAGCAUCAAUGUGACCAACUCUUCGCUUUGUGAUGACAUUGAUGAAUGUGGAACCAACAGCUCGAACUGUCAACAAAUCUGCAAUAACACAAUCGGAAGCUUUGUGUGUAGUUGUAACCCAGGCUUCAGCACCAAUGUGAUCAACUCUUUCAUUUGUGAUGAUAUCGAUGAAUGUGCAACCAACACUUCAAAGUGUCAACAAAUCUGUACCAACAUAAUCGGAAGUUUCUUGUGCAGUUGCAACACUGGGUUCAAAAGUAACCAAACCAACUCUUCACUGUGUGAUGAUAUUGAUGAAUGUGCAAUCAGCACCUCAAACUGUCAACAAAACUGCACCAACACAAUCGGAAGCUUCCUGUGCAGUUGUUACCGAGGGUUCAACAUUAAUGUGACUAAUUCUUCGCUUUGUGCUGACAUCGAUGAAUGUGCAACCAACACCUCGAACUGUCAACAAAUCUGCACCAACACAAUCGGAAACUUUGUGUGUAGUUGUGACCCAGGCUUCAGCAUCAAUGUGACCAACUCUUCGCUUUGUGAUGACAUUGAUGAAUGUGGAACCAACACCUCGAACUGUCAACAAAUCUGCAACAACACAAUCGGAAGCUUCGUGUGUAGUUGUGACCCAGGCUUCAGCACCAAUGUGAUCAACUCUUUCAUUUGUGAUGACAUCAAUGAGUGUGUAACCGGCACCUCCAGCUGUCAACAAAACUGCACCAACACAAUCGGAAGCUUCCUGUGCAGUUGUAGCCCAGGCUUCAGAAUCAAUUUGACCAACCCUUCACUUUGUGAUGAUAUUGAAGAAUGUAAAACCAACACCUCAAACUGUGAACAAGUCUGCAUCAACACAAACGGAAGCUUCAUGUGCAGUUGUGACCCAGGCUUCAGCACCAAUGUGAUCAACUCUUCACUAUGCGAUGAUAUCAAUGAAUGUGGAACCAACAUCUCGUUCUGCCAACAAAUCUGCACCAACACAAUCGGAAGCUUUGUGUGCAGUUGCAUUCCGGGUUUCAGCACUAAUUUAACCAACCCUUCGAUUUGUGAUGAUAUCGAUGAAUGUGGAACCAACAUCUCAAACUGUGAACAAGUCUGCAUCAACACAAAUGGAAGCUUUUUGUGCAGUUGUGACCCAGGUUUCAGUACCAAUGUGACCAACUCUUCACACUGUGAUGAUAUCGAUGAAUGUGCAACCAACACCUCAAAGUGUCAACAAAUCUGCACCAACACAAUCGGAAGUUUCUUGUGCAGUUGCAACACUGGCUUCAAAACUAACCGAACCAACUCUUCGCUGUGUGAUGAUAUCGAUGAAUGUGUAACCAACACCUCAAACUGUCAACAAAACUGCACCAACUCAAUCGGAAGCUUCCUGUGCAGUUGUUACCGAGGGUUCAACAUUAAUGUGACCAAUUCUACGCUUUGUGAUGAUAUCGAUGAAUGUGCAACCAACACCUCGAACUGUCAACAAAUCUGCACCAACACAAUCGGAAACUUUGUGUGUAGUUGUGAUCCAGGCUUCAGCAUCAAUGUGACCAACUCUUCGCUUUGUGAUGACAUUGAUGAAUGUGGAACCAACAGCUCGAACUGUCAACAAAUCUGCAACAACACAAUCGGAAGCUUCAUGUGUAGUUGUAGUCCAGGCUUCAGUACUAAUGUGAUCUACUCUUUCAUUUGUGAUGACAUCAAUGAGUGUGUAACCGGCACCUCCAGCUGUCAACAAAACUGCACCAACACAAUCGGAAGCUUCCUGUGCAGUUGUAGCCCAGGCUUCAGAAUCAAUUUGACCAACCCUUCACUUUGUGAUGAUAUUGAAGAAUGUAAAACCAACACCUCAAACUGUGAACAAGUCUGCAUCAACACAAACGGAAGCUUCAUGUGCAGUUGUGACCCAGGUUUCAGCACCAAUGUGAUCAACUCUUCACUCUGCGAUGAUAUCAAUGAAUGUGGAACCAACAUCUCAUACUGCCAACAAAUCUGCACCAACACAAUUGGAAGCUUUGUAUGCAGUUGUAUUCCGGGUUUCAGCACUAAUUUGACCAACCCUUCGAUUUGUGAUGAUAUCGAUGAAUGUGGAACCAACAUCUCAAACUGUGAACAAGUCUGCACCAAUACAAGAGGAAGCUUUGGGUGCAGUUGUUACCCGGGUUUCAGUACCAAUGUGAUCAACUCUUCACACUGUGAUGAUAUCGAUGAAUGUGCAACCAGCACCUCAACCUGUCAACAAAUCUGCACCAACACAAUCGGAAGCUUCUUGUGCAGUUGCAACAAUGGCUUCAAAACUAACCGAACCAACUCUUCGCUGUGUGAUGAUAUUGAUGAAUGUGCAAUCAACACCUCAAACUGUCAACAAAACUGCACCAACACAGUAGGAGGCUUCCUGUGCAGUUGUUACCCAGGCUUCAGCAUCAACUUAACAAACUCUUCACUUUGUGAUGACAUCGAUGAAUGUACACCCAACACCUCAAACUGUCAACAAAUCUGCAACAACACAAUCGGAAGCUUCCUGUGCAGUUGUGACCUGGGCUUCAGCACCAAUGUGAUCAACUCUUCCCUUUGUGAUGAUAUUGAUGAAUGUGCAAUCAACAUCUCAAACUGUCAACAAAACUGCACCAACACUGUUGGAGGCUUCCUGUGCAGUUGUUACCCAGGCUUCAGCAUCAAAUUAACAAACUCUUCACUUUGUGAUGACAUUGAUGAAUGUACAACCAACACCUCGAACUGUCAACAAAUCUGCAACAACACAAUCGGAAGUUAUGUGUGCAGUUGUGAUUCGGGCUUCAGCACCAAUGUGACCAACUCUUCCCUUUGUGAUGAUAUCGAUGAAUGUGCAACCAACACCUCAACCUGUCAACAAAUCUGCACCAACACAAUCGGAAGCUUCUUGUGCAGUUGCAACAAUGGCUUCAAAACUAACCGAACCAACGCUUCGCUGUGUGAUGAUAUUGAUGAAUGUGCAAUCAACAUCUCAAACUGUCAACAAAACUGCACCAACACAGUUGGAGACUUCCUGUGCAGUUGUUACCCAGGCUUCAGCAUCAACUUAACAAACUCUUCACUUUGUGAUGACAUUGAUGAAUGUGCAACCAACACAUCGAACUGUCAACAAAUCUGCAACAACACAAUCGGAAGCUUCCUGUGCACUUGUGACCCGGGCUUCAGCACCAAUGUGAUCAACUCUUCCCUUUGUGAUGACAUCGAAGAAUGUGCAACCAACACCUCAAACUGUCAACAAAUCUGCACAAACACCAUUGGAAGCUUUGUGUGCAAUUGUGACCCAGGCUUCAGCACCAAUGUGACCAACUCUUUGCUUUGUGAAGAUAUUGAUGAAUGUGCAACCAACACCUCAACCUGUCAACAUAUCUGCACCAACAUAAUCGGAAGCUUCACGUGUAGUUGUGAUUCAGGCUUCAGCAUCAACGUGACCAACUCUUCCCUUUGUGAUGAUAUUGAUGAAUGCACAACCAACACCUCAAACUGUCAACAAAACUGCAACAACACAAUUGGAAGCUUCCAGUGCAGUUGUGACCCAGGCUUCAGCACCAAUGUGACCAACUCUUCCCUUUGUGAUGACAUCGAUGAAUGUGCAACCAACACCUCAAACUGUCAACAAAUCUGCACCAACACAAUCAGAAGCUUUGUGUGCAGUUGUGAUUCAGGCUUCAGCACCAAUGUGACCAACACUUCACUUUGUGAUGAUAUAAAUGAAUGUGCAACCAACACCUCAGACUGUCAACAAAUCUGCAACAACACAAUCGGAAGCUUCACGUGCGGUUGUGAGCCAGGCUUCAACAGUAACCUAACCAACUCUUCAUUUUGUGAUGAUAUCGAUGAAUGUGCAACCAACACCUCAGACUGUCAACAAAUCUGCACCAACACAAUUGGAGGUUACGUAUGCAGAUGUGACCCAGGCUUCAGCAUCAACAUGACCAACUCUUCCCAUUGUAAUGACAUUGAUGAAUGUGGAACCAACACCUUGAACUGUCAACAAAUCUGCACCAACACAAUCGGAAGCUUCGUGUGCAGUUGUGACCCAGGCUUCAGUAUCCAUGUGACCAACUCUUCCCUUUGUGAUGACAUUGAUGAAUGUAGAGCCAACACCUCGAACUGUCAACAAAUCUGCACCAAUACAAUCGGAAGUUUCCUGUGCAGUUGUUACCCAGGUUUCAGUAUUAAUGUGGCCAACUCUUCGCUUUGUGAUGACAUUGAUGAAUGUGGCACCAACACCUCGAACUGUCAACAAAUCUGUAACAACGCAAUCGGAAGCUUUGUGUGCAGUUGUGACACAGGCUUCAGCACCAAUGUGAUCAACUCUUCCAUUUGUGAUGACAUCAAUGAAUGUACAACAAAUACCUCAAACUGUCAACAAAUCUGCACCAACACAAUCGGAGGCUUCCUGUGCAGUUGUGCCCCAGGCUUCAGCACUAACGUGGCCAACCCUUCGCUUUGUGAUGAUAUUGAAGAAUGUAAAGCCAACACCUCAAACUGUGAACAAGUCUGCAUCAACACAAACGGAAGCUUCAUGUGCAGUUGUGACUCAGGCUUCAGCACCAAUGUGGCCAACUCUUCACUCUGUGAUGAUAUGAAUGAAUGUAGCUCCAACACCUCGUACUGCCAACAAAUCUGCAUCAACACAAUUGGAAGCUUCAUGUGCAGUUGUUUUCUGGGCUUCAGCACUAAUGCGACCAACCCUUCGCUGUGUGAUGAUAUCAAUGAAUGUGCAACCAACACCUCAAACUGUCAGCAAAUCUGCACCAACACAAUCGGUAGCUUUGUGUGCAGUUGUGACCGAGGUUUCAGCAUUAAUGUGGCCAACUCUUCGCUUUGUGAGGACAUUGAUGAAUGUGGAACCAACACCUCGAACUGUCAACAAAUCUGCACCAAUACAAUCGGAAGCUUCCUGUGCAGUUGUUACCCAGGUUUCAGUAUUAAUGUGGCCAACUCUUCGCUUUGUGAUGACAUUGAUGAAUGUGGCACCAACACCUCGAACUGUCAACAAAUCUGCAACAACACAAUCGGAAGCUUUGUGUGCAGUUGCGACACAGGCUUCAGCACCAAUGUGAUCAACGCUUCCCUUUGUGAUGACAUCAAUGAAUGUACAACAAAUACCUCAAACUGUCAACAAAUCUGCACCAACACAAUCGGAGGCUUCCUGUGCAGUUGUGCCCCAGGCUUCAGCACUAACGUGGCCAACCCUUCGCUUUGUGAUGAUAUUGAAGAAUGUAAAGCCAACACCUCAAACUGUGAACAAGUCUGCAUCAACACAAACGGAAGCUUCAUGUGCAGUUGUGACCCAGGCUUCAGCACUAAUGUGGCCAACUCUUCACUCUGUGAUGAUAUCAAUGAAUGUGGCUCCAACACCUCGUACUGCCAACAAAUCUGCAUCAACACAAUCGGAAGCUUCAUGUGCAGUUGUUUUCUGGGCUUCAGCACUAAUGCGACCAACCCUUCGCUGUGUGAUGAUAUCAAUGAAUGUGCAACCAACACCUCAAACUGUCAGCAAAUCUGCACCAACACAAUCGGAAGCUUUGUGUGCAGUUGUGACCGAGGUUUCAGCAUUAAUGUGGCCAACUCUUCGCUUUGUGAGGACAUUGAUGAAUGUGGAACCAACACCUCGAACUGUCAACAAAUCUGCACCAAUACAAUCGGAAGCUUCCUGUGCAGUUGUUACCCAGGUUUCAGCAUUAAUGUGGCCAACUCUUCGCUUUGUGAUGACAUUGAUGAAUGUGGCACCAACACCUCAAACUGUCAACAAAUCUGUAACAACGCAAUCGGAAGCUUUGUGUGCAGUUGUGACACAGGCUUCAGCACCAAUGUGAUCAACUCUUCCAUUUGUGAUGACAUCAAUGAAUGUACAACAAAUACCUCAAACUGUCAACAAAUCUGCACCAACACAAUCGGAGGCUUCCUGUGCAGUUGUGCCCCAGGCUUCAGCACUAACGUGGCCAACCCUUCGCUUUGUGAUGAUAUUGAAGAAUGUAAAGCCAACACCUCAAACUGUGAACAAGUCUGCAUCAACACAAACGGAAGCUUCAUGUGCAGUUGUGACCCAGGCUUCAGCACUAAUGUGGCCAACUCUUCACUCUGUGAUGAUAUCAAUGAAUGUAGCACCAACACCUCGUACUGCCAACAAAUCUGCACCAACACAAUCGGAAGCUUCAUGUGCAGUUGUUUUCUGGGCUUCAGCACUAAUGUGACCAACCCUUCGCUUUGUGAUGACAUCGAUGAAUGUGGAACCAACACCUCAAACUGUCAACAAAUCUGCACCAACACAAACGGAAGCUUCAUGUGCAGUUGUGACCCAGGUUUCAAUACCAAUGUGAUCAACUCUUCACUCUGUGAUGAUAUUGAUGAAUGUGCAAACAACAUCUCAAACUGUCAACAAAUCUGCACCAACACAAUCGGAAGCUUUGUGUGCAGUUGUGACCCAGGCUUCAGCACCAACAUAACCAACUCUUUACUUUGCGAUGAUAUCGAUGAAUGUGCAACCAACACCUCAACCUGUCAACAAAACUGCAACAACACAAUUGGAAGCUUCAUGUGCAGUUGUGACCCAGGCUUCAGCAUUAAUGUGGCCAACUCUUCCCUUUGUGAUGACAUUGAUGAAUGUGGAACCAACACAUCGAACUGUCAACAAAUCUGCACCAACACAAUCGGAAGCUUUGUGUGCAGUUGUGACUCGGGGUUCAGCACCAACGUGACCAAACUAUCCCUUUGUGAUGAUAUCAAUGAAUGUGCAGCCAACACCUCAAACUGUCAACACAUCUGCACCAACAUAAUCGGAAGCUUCCUGUGCAGUUGUAACCCAGGCUUCAGCACCAAUGUGACCAACCCUUCCCUUUGUGAUGAUAUCAAUGAAUGUGCAACCAACACCUCAAACUGUCAACAAAUCUGCAGCAACACAAUCGGAAGCUUCCUGUGCAGUUGUAACCCAGGCUUCAGCACAAAUGUGAUGAACCCUUCCCUUUGCGAUGAUAUCAAUGAAUGUGCAACCAGCACCUCAAACUGUCAACAAAUCUGCACGAACACAAUCGGAAGCUUCCUGUGCAGUUGUAACCCAGGCUUCAGCACCAAUGUGACCAACCCUUCCCUUUGUGAUGCACAACAUAGAGUUAUUCUGAGGUUCACGUUCACAAGUGAGGAUCUGAAUUUGACUGAUCAACAAAUAAAAGAGAACGUUAUUCAAGCCCUUCAAUCUCAAUCACUUGAGCUUAUUGAGAACCCGAAGAGAAGAUAAUAAGAAACAGAAGAAGUGCAGGAUACAGAAAAUGUUUCAGCUUAGUGAUAUUUGUAAUACUUGACACCACAUCUGGAAUAUUAGUGUAUUAUAUUCCUUACUCUUAAAGUAAAACAAUUAAUAUUAACAUUAUUUGAAUUCCUUUCCUAUCUAAAGCCUAUGUGUACAAUUAUGUAUAGAAAUGCUAUUCUAACAGAUGGGUUGACAUUUACUCCAUUUGGGUACAUUGCUACUGAUUUAACAAAAUAUUUGAAGGCUGCUCCUACCAAUUUUAGUUCAUUAACCUGUAAAGAAAAAAAGCAACCGUCAACCAUUGUAGCUCCUCAACCCGCAGGAAUUGUCACUUUCAUUCUGUUUUCAUUGAAACCAAUUGGAAUUAAAUAUGGAAAGUUUUUUCGAAUAGACAUCUCAUUGAUGAUUGACAUUAUCAAUACUUUAGAUUAAACAAUAGAAAUCAGAAGUAUUUUUUUUUUUUUAGCAAUAUUGAGAGUCUUCAAUGAAUUCUUACAAAAUCCCAUCUAUCUUGCUGGAGGUUUUAUGGUCCCUGCCAGAAUGAUUAGCAUUUCAGAGGUCCACACUAGUACUGGCACUGUUUAACUUCUGGGCCUAAUUCAGCAAUUCUGAAAUUCUAGGCAAAUUGUGCCUUAAAAAGAGUUUUGCAUAAAAUUGUUGUAUCUGUUCAUAAACACUGAAAUACCA